AUGGCCCUGAAACAUACCCACCAAAGGAUGGCCCCGUUGCCCAACGAGAACCCACCGGCCCACGGGCCAAGUUACAUCGGCCGUGUAACACCCAUCCCGACUAUCGUCACUACGAUCAAUUUUGAAUCUUCGAGGACCUCCAAUCUCUGUCUCUUGCAAACUUUAUCACUGUCGCGGCGACAUCUACGCUCGAGAUUUGACAAACUGCCACGAUCCGAAGCGGGCAUAUUGCGAAAUUCCUCGCGCCUUGGCGUGGCAACCCCUUCGCAGCUGACAGACGGGGGACGCCCCGAAGAGUUUUAUUGGAAUUUCCGCGGCGGCAUCGCGAAUCCGGAAUCCCCCGUUCGGCGCCGACCGGAGGAACUU